GUAUUGCAUAGAGUUUCUACUGGAGAAGUUAGUGUAUAGCAUAGAAUUUCUAUUGGAGAAGUUAGUGUAUACCAUAGAGUUUCUAUUGGAGAAGUUAGUGUAUAGCAUAGAGUUUCCACUGGAGAAGUUAGUGUAUAGCAUAGAAUUUCUAUUGGAGAAGUUAGUGUAUAGCAUAGAGUUUCUAUUGGAGAAGUUAGUGUAUGGCAUAGAAUUUCUAUUGGAGAAGUUAGUGUAUAGCAUAGAAUUUCUAUUGAAGAAUUAGUGUAUAGCAUAGAGUUUCUAUUGGGGAAGUUAGUAUAUAGCAUAGAGUUUCUACUGGAGAAGUUAGUGUAUAGCAUAGAGUUUCUACUAGAGAUGUUAGUGUAUAGCAUAGAGUUUCUAUUGGAGAAGUUAGUGUAUAGCAUAGAAUUUCUGCUGGAGAAGUUAGUGUAUAGCAUAGAGAUUCUACUGGAGAAGUUAGUGUAUAGCAUAGAGUUUCUAUUGGAGAAGUUAGUGUAUAGCAUAGAAUUUCUACUGGAGAAGUUAGUGUAUAGCAUAGAGUUUCUAUUGGAGAAGUUAGUGUAUAGCAUAGAGUUUCUAUUGGAGAAGUUAGUGUAUAGCAUAGAGUUUCUAUUGGAGAAGUUAGUGUAUAGCAUAGAGUUUCUACUGGAGAAGUUAGUGUAUAGCAUAGAGUUUCUACUGGAGAAGUUACUGUAUAGCAUAGAGUUUCUACUGGAGAAGUUAGUGUAUAGCAUAGAAUUUCUAUUGGAGAAGUUAGUGUAUAGCAUAAAGUUUCUACUGGAGAAGUUAGUGUAUAGCAUAGAAUUUCUAUUGGAGAAGUUAGUGUAUAGCAUAGAGUUUUUACUGGAGAAGUUAGUGUAUAGCAUAGAGUUUCUAUUGGAGAAGUUAGUGUAUAGCAUAGAGUUUCUACUGGAGAAGUUAGUGUAUAGCAUAGAGUUUCUAUUGGAGAAGUUAGUGUAUAGCAUAGAGUUUCUAUUGGAGAAGUUAGUGUAUAGCAUAGAGUUUCUACUGGAGAAGUUAGUGUAUAGCAUAGAGUUUCUACUGGAGAAGUUAGUGUAUAGCAUAGAGUUUCUAUUGGAGAAGUUAGUGUAUAGCAUAGAAUUUCUGCUGGAGAAGUUAGUGUAUAGCAUAGAGUUUCUAUUGGAGAAGUUAGUGUAUAGCAUAGAGUUUCUAUUGGAGAAGUUAGUGUGUAGCAUAGAGUUUCUAUUGGAGAAGUUAGUGUAUAGCAUAGAGUUUCUACUGGAGAAGUUAGUGUAUAGCGUAGAGUUUCUACUGGAGUUUUGUUUAUGCAGAAGCAUGAGCUGACUUAUUUACCAGUUAUCAUUCUUACCACUGCAAGGAGUCAGGUUACUGAGAUGAUGAAUAAUCUAAACAGAUUCCAAUUGAAUGCAGAGCUCUAAGGUGCUUAUCUGUGAGUGAAUAUUUAGUAGGAAAUGAACAUGUGAUGGUUUGUAUAUGCCUGGCCCAGGGAGUGGCACUAAUU